CAUUAAAGCAUGCCGAAAAUAGCAGGACUGCGCCCCGUGCAGUUCAACAGGCAACCUUAGAGAAGCUGCCUCCGAAUCUUUUCCCCUUCCUACCAUCAAACGGAGGUAGAUAAAUCAUAGCUACGCUCUUCUUGGAAAAUCCUUUCUUCCCUUUUCCCUUUAUCCCCUCGUUUCUCUCGCCUCUUCUCUCUCUCAUCAGUCAUGGCCCUUCAACUAUGGGAGACCGUGAAAGAAUCAAUCGCGGUCUACACAGGACUCUCUCCGGGGACCUUCUUCACGGGCCUCGCUCUGGGCCUGGCCGUUUACUACCUGCUCUCAUCGCUCUUCGGGUCGUCCGAUCGUCAGUAUGAGAGGACGACCAGGGCUUCAGCAGAGGAGAUGCAGCCUCUGCCGCCUCCCGUUCAGCUUGGGGAGAUCACCGAAGAGGAACUGAAGGCCUACGAUGGAAACGACGCUACCAAGCCUCUCCUCAUGGCCAUCAAGGGUCAGAUCUAUGACGUGUCUCAGAGCAGGAUGUUCUACGGACCUGGUGGUCCUUAUGCUUUAUUUGCUGGAAAGGAUGCCAGUAGGGCUCUAGCAAAGAUGUCCUUUGAGGACAAAGAUCUAACUGGGGAUGUAUCUGGUCUUGGUCCCUUUGAACUUGAUGCAUUGCAAGAUUGGGAAUACAAGUUCAUGAGCAAGUAUGUUAAGGUUGGGACAAUCAAGAAUACAGUACCAGUAACUGAUGGGCCCUCCCAUGGCGAACCUGUUGAGGCAACUGAGUCCCAUGCUGAUAAGCCCACAGAAAAUGAUGCGUCGGAGGAUGCAGCUGCUGGAACCAGAGAAAGUGCAUCUGGUGCUGAUGUUGACAAAGAGUGAUGUUUGUAAAUGAACCUCUAUUACAUCUAUCGGGAUCCAGAAAAACAACUUGAAAUGUGAAGGCCCCUAGAAAAUGUAGUGUUUGAGUGCCUGUGUUUUUUAAACAUCGUUAAACAAACGAGUUAUUUCCUUAAGCUAAAAUAUCACCAAAGCGUUAAUUAGCUUGUACUGUUUAAUAAUGGAAUGGACAUGUUUGACUUUUGUAUUCAAAUCUGCUAAAUAUUUGGAAUUGCCUCUUGGGUUUUGUCUAAA